CCCUCCUACUCGGGGAUUAGAGAUGCUCAGGGGAGAGCAGAGAGAAGCUGGGACACACCUCCCUGACUCACCACCAGACAGCAGCAGCUCCUGCAGGUUCGGUGGGCCUCUGCUCUUUGGUCAAAUAAAACCCUGAAGCUCCAUUUCCAGCAACCAUCCCCUUCUUUCGGUUAACCAGAGAGGAGGAGGAUGGCCUAUGCUGAGGAAGACAGGACUUUUAUCCUUUGAAGCUUGUUUCUGGAUGGUUGAUAGCCUCACUGACAUGUUCUCCUUCUGCAGAAAUAGCUACGAGGUGUAUAAGGAAACAGCAGAUUGGUUACUUGCCCACACUGUCCAGCGCCCAAAGACUGCCAUCAUCUGUGGAUCUGGACUGGGAGGUCUGGCCGACGUGUUGGAUAACAAGACAGUCUUCCUGUAUGAGGACAUCCCUCAUUUCCCACAGAGCACAGUUGCAGGGCAUCUUGGCAGAUUGGUGUUUGGGGAGCUGAACGGACAGCCCUGUGUUUGUAUGCAGGGACGUUUCCACUAUUACGAAGGAUAUUCUGUCAGCACGGUAACCUUUCCCAUCAGGGUCUUCUUUCUCCUGGGGGUGGAGAUCUUGAUUGUCACAAAUGCUGCUGGGGGACUGAAUCCCCACUUCCAAGUGGGUGACAUCAUGUUCAUUAGAGAUCACAUCAGCAUGUUUGGACUGGGAGGACAGAAUCCACUGCGGGGACCAAACGAUGAAAGGUUUGGAGUGAGAUUUCCCUGCAUGUCAGACGCUUAUGAACAAGAUCUGCUUAGCCUGGCGAUGGAGAGCGCACAGGAGCUGGGCUUCCUGAGCUUCACCCAGGAGGGAGUGUACUGCCUGCUGGCUGGUCCCUGCUAUGAAACCAUCGCCGAGUGCCGCCUGCUGCAGGCGCUGGGAGCGGAUGCUGUGGGCAUGAGCACUGUCCCAGAAGUAAUUGUAGCCAGGCAUUGUGGCCUCCGAGUCCUUGGGAUCUCCCUCAUCACCAACAAAGUAGUGAUGAGCUACAACAGUCAGGAGAAAGCCAACCAUGAGGAAGUGCUGCGCAUCUCAGUGGUCCGGGCUGAAGCCCUGCAGAAACUGGUCUCACACAUCCUUGGCAAGCUGGGGGAAAGCACAAACUCCCCAUGACCUCCUGACAUCUAUGAUUUAUAUUGUAACGUGUGAACACUAGCAAGUGCCAGGGGAGAGCCAGCAGUGAGACUGUCCCUUUGUGCUCUCCUGAUUUUGAACAGACCCUUUGAGUUUUGUCCCUGUGCUUUAGCUGGUCAGGUGCACAGGUUUGCUUUGAAUUUUCCCAGAAAGAUCCCCGUGUUGACACCCAGUGACAAAAACAGCUUUCAGGCACUUAAACGGGGUCUGACCUCUGGCAGAUUCCCAAACCCUUAUGUCAGCAGUGAGCCCCUGGGUACUGUGAACUCCAACUCCCCCUUGCUCUGCUGCAGAGCCUCUCCCCCAUUGCACGGAGCCCCUAGGCCAUGAGCCAGCUCCAGAGCUGCUCGCAAGGGUUGGUGCCUGCUGGGCAUGCUUCAGUAGGGCCUGAUCUGAAGGCAGUGGAAAGCCACAAAAAGCCGUGUCUGAAGCUACAAAAAGUUUUGGGUGAGGAACUGGAUACAUAAAAUGGGCUAGGCUAAAGAUGAGAUCUGUCUGGAACAAGCAAUGCUGCAGAGCAGGUGAAUUGCAAUUGAUUAUACAGCUUGGAAAACCACUGCAUCCCCAUGCAUGGGGUUGUGUUCCCUUCCCAUCCCAGAAGGUGUCUCCAGAAAGCCCUCUCUUUGCUUAUUUCUUGGCUCUUUAUGACCAGCUGCAGAGUCAGUAGCUGUUUCCCAGAAUGCAGCAUGCCCCCAGCACCCCUUCACACCUCUCCACUCUCUUUCCAGCUUUGAAUCACUGUUGCCCUAUUUAACAAGGGGUCAAAGUGCAGCUCAGAGACAUGACUUGUCUGUGCACACUGUAAAAGUGGCCAAGCUGGAAACAGGAUCCAGUCCAGCUAUGCCUCAUUUUGUUCCUUCUGUUUCUGGAUGUCUGAGAUCAGCCACUUGCACUGGAGACCUUUUGGUGUCCCGAGACAGAGAUCAGUUUGAUCCAUUGUUUCACACCAGCUUUGCUCUGCUGCAGGCACUGCAGCAGAUGUUGGAGCACCAAUGGUUUGUGGAGUUUAGUGAAGUGAAAUUACAGUGGAAAUUAUUUUAGAAUAGGUAUGAUAUUUUUCUGACUUCCCUGGUUCUCUUACAUGAAGAAAUUGAGCUGCAGUGAGUAAAAAACAAAGAGGAGAGGUCACCAUGCUCUCUUUUACCUGAUGGUCUAUCAAGGAAGGGUGAAUAUUCACCACAAUGGUGCAUUAUUCAUUGUUCCCCAAAGGUCAAGCUGAGCUAUGGAUGCAGCUGCAUGUGAAACAGUGCCUGUAAUUAUUAGGUAACCUUUUUCCCUUCAUUUAUCUUGGAGUUCUCUAUAAAGCCCAUCACUGUCAUACCUAAAUGCUUUCGGUUGACACAGUGGUCUGAACUGAAGACAUCCAACAGCUCAUGGAGAGCUCCCAAUCUGCCUUCCUAAAUUUAGCUGAUCAGUUGUUUACCAUUGACACUCGCCUUCCAUCGCAGCAUUCAGCCUUCCAUGACUUUUCUUCAGCUGUGGGCAAAAAAUGACAUUAUAGCCUGGUGAUUUUUUUCUGGAUGGGAAAAACAUCAUCCAUUCAUGCAUCAGCCCUUCAUGCUGCAAUUACUGGUGUCACCUGCUGUAUUAAUGGUGCAGAUGUUGCCACCAGGAGGAACAGAGUUGUGCCAUGCAUGUUUACCACAAAACGGUAGCCCUUCAGGUGUAAGCCACCUUGGGGUGGCCAUCCUGUCCCCUUCUCUUCUCCUGGGAAGGAAUACCUGUGGUCAUCCUGGCAAAUAUCUGCCUAGCCUGGUCUUGAGAACUUCUUGAGUGGAAGGAUUCGUUGCCUGUGCUCUACCCGCGAAGUAACUUGUUCAGCAGAUCCUGGCACUUGGAGGAGCCCUCUGAGACAGCAGCUCUUUCCAUUUGGUGGGUUUGACUCAACACAGCUUUAGGGACCCGCUCUGAUGGUAAUAUGCAAAAGGGAAAGAGACUCCAGCUCCUCCUUCCUGUUGCCUUUUCAGGUCUAGGAGGAGUCAAGUGCUUAUCAACAGUGGCAGCAAAAGCAGUGGAAUAUGAAAAGUGGCAGAUGUUCAGAGCAAGAAGGAACCACUUUUACCUGCUCCCUUUUCAGACUUGUCCCAGUAUGGGCUUGUUACAGGGCAGGGAGAGAGCAGAUAAUUUCCCCUGCCUAGAAAAUGGCGCUUCACAUUCAGCUAAUUAAUACUUGGUAAAUACAAAGUCUCUCAAGUGUGAGUGGAAGACAGCUGUGCAGCUAGCUGUAGCUAGAGAGCAGCCAGAGUAACUAAGGCUGGGAUUUCAGCAGACUCCAUUAAUUAAUCAGAGUCAGGCUUGACUGCAGUGUGAAGAGAAGCAUCCAAAAAAACUGCUGUUGUGCUGGUACUUCUCAAGCCAGGCUUCAGAUGAUGAGGAGCUUGGCAGCAGCACCUGCUUCCAGUAGGCUGGGUCUGCUCCUCUCUCCAGCUGUGCCAGAGGCAGAGCGUGAAACCCAUACCAUGCACUUGUGUCUGAAUACAACUUCAAUACAACAUAAAAUUUCAUUGGAAAAUCACUGUGCAACUAAAUAUUUGGCAAAUUAUGUCCAUUUUAAAAUAAAUAUUUCCUAAAUAGCAUUUGAGCCCUUAAACAGCUAGAGGCUCUUCUUUUUGCUGUCCAAGGGCUGACUUGGAUGGCUCAAACUCUGCAUGAACACCCUGAUUUUUAUCCCUGUGAACGCAAGAAGGAAGAUGCCCUGGUCACUUUAGAAAGGAUCUUGCUCAUGCUUUGGGAGAGAGAAGCGGAAUACAAUUAAGGAGUAGGUUCAUCUGGUUUUGGAGAUGCUUUUAUUCCUUUUUUUUUUUUUUUCUUCACUGCUGCUGAGUUUCAAAAGUCUGAAAUACAGUGAUGCAAGGGGAAGAAUGUGUGGGGAAGAAACUGGGAAGAAAUAAACCCUGUUGUGAUCUUGAAAACAGUGGUUUUGUUUGCUGUGCCAAUACCACGGGUUAGAAAGGAAGGAGUGGCUUAGCUGUACACCCUGCAUCCGACCCCCCCCAGGCUGGAGGACAGCCCUGGGGUACCAGAGCACCAGCACUUAAAGCUCAGGAUAAUCAGGACCAACAUUUGCCCAGCACUUUGCACUGGUAUUUCUUACUGAUCCCACUGGGCUGAGGAAUUCUCGGAAAAAAUACCAAAAACCAAAGGACCUCAACUACCUCUUGAGCAGCUGACAGGUAUGAUGGGCUGUGGUGGUGCCAGUGCAGCAAGUCAUCUGUGCUGGAAGCAGGACGUGGUUUCCUUGAUGCUGUGCCUUUUAUUUAGUGCACUUAGAGCUUUCCAGCAACAUCCAUGGCUGAAAGGAGUAGAUUGUAAGGCAACCACAGCUUUCUUUCAUUCCUAUGUUUUGCUACUUACCUGUGUCUGAAUUCAGGCUGCUAUAGCCAUAGGGAUAAGCUGGCAGAUGCAUGAAAAAAUAAAAAAUCUUCACAGUGGAAGAAGAACCCCAAAUUGCAUGACUGAUCCUGGAUUUUUCAGUGCUAUGAUUAGCAAUCAGCUCAGGUGCUGCCUGCCUAGUGAAUGCCACCAGCACAGGCUGUCCCAUGCUGCUGCACCUGUGGCAGGGGACUGGUGGAAGACCUGUGCUGGUGCAGGGCAGAGCUGCACAGCUCUCUCAGCCCUUUACUCUCUCUCAGCCAUGGUUUCAUGAGCUGAUCUGGCCCAUCCUUUGUGCCAGCCCUUUCCUUUUCCUUGCUCAUCAGUCCAGAGAAAACUUUCCAGGUCAUGGGAUCCUGCUGCUCCAGCCCCUUGGAGAUUAAGACUUUAUAUUGAUGCCCUCAUGUGUGAUUCAUAUAAAAGCCUGAUGUCAAGGGGAGAAAUCUCUGAUACAACCUUUGCCUGGACCAUAUCAUGAGUUUUUAAGUGGAGAUCUCUGCUGUUAUCUGAGAAACAGCCAUGCAACCUCACCAAAAAUAUCUGAUUGUGUGAUCCAUCCUGUUUCCUUUGCAAGGCUUGGUUUCCCAGACUCUUCUUUUACAUGAGAUUUGCUGUUUGCACUCUUUUCUACAUAAAAGGAAAGCAGAAAACUUUUUUAGAAAUGUUCUGUCUUUCUCAGCUCAGCAGCCGAACGUAUGCUUUGCCUUCAAGUUAUCAAAAUUCCCUUAGAUGUUUCUCUUUACUGAAAACCUGCAGUUGAAUUAAGGGGUUUCUGCUGUAGUGGUGAGUUGGAUUUUUUUUUUCCAAAAGCUUUAAGUCUUCACUGCAAGGAUUUCAUAUGCUGAAAAGAAUUAAACUCUUCCCUGCCACACUGAGUAUGUGGAGCAAGGGGGAGCGAUGUGAUGCGGGUCAUGGCAGUGGGCUGAUCUCAAUUUGUUGCUGAAUUAAAGCCUGACUCUGUAA